AUGCGCCGCACUCUACUAUGCUGCUGGGCAGCCCUCACCGCGGCCACGGACGUAACCUUCGAGCCCGGCCCGGGCUUGAAGAAGAACGAGGACGGCACGUACUCGCGGACCUAUGACGCCCAGGCGGAAGGGGCGGCGGCCGACGCGAACGCGACCGCGGCCGCGCCCAAAAAGCCGAAGCGGAGCUUCUCCAUCAAUGACAUCGGUAAAAAGGAGGAGAACAUCACGAAGAGCGACUUCCAACUUCAAGCCGAGAAAAUAUUUCCAGCAUUACUGAACGCGCGGUGGCGGCUGUAUACACGUAUUUUUGUGGUCCUUCUACUCCUCUGGGUCAUGGUGAGAAGGUACAGGCCUCCGACACCACGCGUCGUAAGACAGAGACGGACGUAUGUCGCGCGACGCUACUGGCUGCCCUUUGUUUUACUGGUAAUAACGAUAACGAGGCACAUCCUCGCGGACUUCACGGUAACUUUGACCGAAGAAUACCUACGGAGGUGGAACGUCGAGCACGGCGAGGUCAUCAAGCGAUUGGAAGCCGAUCGGCCCUGGACCUUCAACUUCUCGCGGUACGAGUGUCGCAACGCGUCGAACGCGACCAUAGCCGAGAAGGUCCACGCUAAUAAAAGGUUGCAUAAAGCUGUGGAAGAGAUGCACAAGCAAUUGGGCUGGGCGAAUGCGGAAGUGGCCCAGCAGGCCGUCGAACGACAGAGGCUCGAGGCGCAGUUCGAGGUGGAACGGGCGGCCUUAUCGGCGACGCUCAAGCGCCUUGCUGCGGUCGAGGACGACGUUGCUGGUUUAGCUAAAGCGUUAGGGUUUGCGGAGGAAGAAGAGGACGAUGAUGAGGGUCUGACGAAGUCGAUCGUAAGACGAGCCAAAACAGCAGCUCUACACGCGGCUAUUGCCGAAGAUCUCGAGCUGCUGAACGAGACUGAAAUUCAAACUCUAGCAACGAAGAAGAAGGGCCUGGAAACGGCCUACAACAACACGCUCAAGACUUUCACACCUGAAGCGGAGCGCAGACAAAAGGAAAAGCAAACGUCCAUGAAGACGCACAUCGACCGGAACCCCGCCGUCACCUUUGAGCGUUCACUAAACUGGACGGCUGUUGGUCAUGUCCUUGUACAACAUGCUCGAUACGAUUUCAAGCGGCGCGGCUGGGAGCAGUGGUGCAAAGACCUGUGGACGAACUCACCGCGCUUCAUCCCCAUCAAGGUGUAUCGGAGGUAUACCCUCCUCAAAUCUACGUUGCUGUGGAUGAGGCGCGGCGAGUUGGGGCGGAGUAUUGAAAUACGAGUGCUGAACGCUACGAUCCAGUUCAAUGAUACGCUCAAACAAAAGUACAACUUCUCGCUGAACGACGUGUCUUCGACGUUUGCGCCUCUGGGCGCGCAGCUGUACCAGUGUUGCGACGAAAUGAUAAUAGUGUCCGAGCGCUGGUUCUCGGCUUUUGCGGGUAUCGUGCGCUACAUCUACGAAAAUAUGCGGGAGUUCAUAAAACCGCGCUGGAAGCGCGCCUGCCGUUUCCUCAGGCGGUGGGACGCGGCGCCGCCCGUGGUGAAGAAACGGCCGGGCUACGCGCUCGCUCUGUUUAUAUCUUCGCCGUUCGUCGGGCCGCCGUUAUUGAAAUGCUUGUUCUAUUGGCCCGUCGCCGCGGUGCGCGCCUACCUGAGCGAUCUCCGGUGGGUCCUGGGGCUGCUCGGGUUUGGUGUGGUGGUGGAGCGGGUGCGGCGCGCGGCGGCAGCGGCGUUUAACAGCGGGCGGCGCGUCGCGGCGGCGACCGCUGCGGCCGCGUUCGAGAGGCUGCCUGUGGUGGGGUCUUCUUGAUUUGUGAGUGGUAAUUGUUUUUGUUGCAUUUUCUCUUGGUUCGUUCCUUCCUCGACCCGUAUCCUCGACCCGGUAGAGACCGCAAGAAGAGUGCUAGUGUGUCUACAUCAUUUAGCCCAGAGUUGCUUGGCCAGUGCUUUUGGCAGCCGCGAUCGCGAGACUCGCGACCUCGCCGCGCUCAGACGCGCGUCAGGACGUAACGACUGAAGCCUUGGCCGCGCCGCUCUCGCGCAACGCCCGAUAGAGCUCGAAACUUGGCUUAGAAAACUCGGCCCAUGUAACCUAACUCACCGUUUGAUUUCCACACAGGUGUCGCGUCCGCAAAGAUGUGGACUACAGCAAGACGCACUACGCGACGGGGCAGCGGCUGCCCUUCGGUACGUUCCUGGCCGUGGCCUGUGCCGCCAUCGUAACUUUGGCUGCCAUGGCCGCAAGCUUCUACUUCGCGUGGCACGAGGAGCAGGCGGAAGAGGCCUUCCAGAAGCGCCUCUCGAAAACGAGAACGGAGUCGAUGAUCCACAGCGAGGACAGCGACCGCCGCGAGUCGCGCGUGAUGAAAACGCCCUCCAAUUCCGUGCUCAUUGGUGGAGCCGGGCCGGGAGCGCCGAUGGCGCCGGCGGUGGCCGUCAAGCCGAUGAGCGUCGACGAGAAGAACCGCGCCAUCCGCGCCAGGGCCGUCGCCGAGGCGAAGAAGUAG